UCUUCCGGUUUCUAUCUGCCGCGGGCAGACACUCCCAAGUGUUCGUGCGGUGUGGAUCUCUGCGUCUGUUGUCGUUCGCUCCAGCUGCAAUUGCCGGGAAAUGUCGGAGUGUCACCACCAAUGCCCAAGUGUUGGUCAUCCGACACCUCUGGCAGCGAUGAGAGGCCCUCACGAGAAGAUCCUUUACAUCCCUUGCAUCGUUCCUUCUAAGGACCUGCCGGACUAUUUGGCUACCAUCUGUGUGGAUCCCGAGUCUGAUGACUAUGGCAAGGUUGUUCAUCGAUUGCGGAUGCCAAACAAGGGUGAUGAGCUCCAUCACAUGAACUGGAACGUGUGCAGCAGCUGUUAUGGCACUCGUGGGAAGUCAAGGGACAAACUUAUCUUGCCUUCCCUAAACAGUGACAGGAUUUAUGUCGUGGACGUCAGUGCAGAUCCCCUUGCGCCCAGGUUGUUCAAGGUAAUUGAGCCACAAGAAAUGCACGGUGUUGAUGUGUCUGCGCCUCAUACUCCGCAUUGCCUGGCCACUGGACAAGUGAUGAUUAGCACCAUGGGAGACGCCAAGGGGAACGCAAAAGGAAGCUUUGUGCUGCUAGAAGAAAAUACUUUCGACUUCAGUGGUAUUUGGGAGCCUGAGGGCGAAUCUGCUCCGUUCGGAUACGACUUCUGGUAUCAGCCCAGGCACAACGUCAUGGUCAGUAGCGAGUGGGGAGCGCCAUCUGCAUUUCGAAAAGGACUUAAACUCCAGGAUGUCCAAGAAGGAAAGUAUGGCACUAGCCUGGUGGUAUGGGACUGGACCACACGCCGCCAGAUUCAGACGUUGAACUUGGGUCAGGACGGCCUGAUGCCGCUGGAAGUGAGGUUCCUACAUGAUCCCAAUGCCUCGGAAGGCUACGUUGGCUGCGCACUCGGGAGCACUGUUUACCGUUUCUACAAAACUUGUGACGGACGUUGGGAGGCAGAGAAAGUCAUCACUAUACCACCCAAGAAAGUUACCGGCUGGAUGUUGGAUGCAAUUCCUGGUGUUAUCACGGACAUUCUGAUUUCACUGGACGACCGUUUCCUCUACAUUGCAUGUUGGUUGCACGGUGACGUCCGGCAAUAUGAUAUCACCAACCGCAGAGAACCAAACUUGGUUGGCCAGGUGCACACAGGUGGGAACAUCUAUCGUGGCGGACCUUUAACAGUGAUUGAGGAUGAGGAGCUCAACGAGCAACCUUGCCGUCUUGUGUUGAAGGGAAAACCAAUACAAGGAGCACCACAAAUGUUGCAGCUGAGCUUGGACGGCAAGAGGCUUUACUCGACUACAUCCCUAUUUAGUGCCUGGGACAGGGCUUUCUACCCCGAGAUGAUCGAGAAAGGUGCCAUGGUGAUUCAAAUGGACGUCAACACUGAGAAGGGCGGGCUGAAUGUCAAUGAAGAGUUUCUGGUGGACUUUGGCGAGGAACCAGAUGGGCCAGUGCUUGCUCACGAAAUUCGCUUUCCGGGUGGCGAUUCAACGUCCGACAUAUGGCUGUAACAUGCAAAAGGGUCGUACUGCUCGCAGAAGAUACGCCAUUUUCCCGUGGUACACGCCGCAUUAUCCCCUCCGUAACUUUGUACCUUCAUAUUUACAUUUAUACGUACGAUACCGUGUUAAAAGAAUGGUAUUUAGUGCUAAUAAACAAUAUGCUUGGUA